AUGCUCCAGCCAGAAUUAUCAUCAGCCUCCUUACUCAAACUGGGAUCGUUCUUGUUUUGGGGUAGUCUAUACCUGUGGGUUUCCGUACAGUUUCCUAAAUACAGCCCGGAGUGGUGGUCUCGGGCUGUGACCCUGCUACACGGGAGCGUCGCUACUGUGGUCGGAUUGACACAAUGCGGUGUCACCACACUAUCAGCAUGGACACUCACUAUGAAAAUUCGAAGUCAUCAUUACGCACUAAUGGUGUGGUCAUGGGGUUAUUUCGCAUUCGACCUGCUGUGGUGCCUCACAUAUUGGAGAGAGAAUAAGUUGAUGCUGUGCCAUCACAUCAGCGCGCUCAUUGCUAUCACAAUCUACAUGCAUAAAGACUACACAGGGUGUACCUUUGCUUGCACUCUAGCUAUGAUGGAGGUCACAAAUCCGCUGCUGCAGACGAGAUGGUUAGCACUUAUUAUGAUAUCAAUAAUAUUAUUAUUGGCAUAUUAA